AUGUCCACGGCAGCGCCAGCGUCAUCAACGGGCCUGGAGGGUCUGCUGCCGACGGUUCAAUCAAGCAGCAUAGCGCUGAGCGGCCGCAUGGGCAGGCGAGAAAGGAUGGCCUGGUCGGGGCCAAGGUACACGUUCACGGUGCGGCCUGCGGGCACCGCGCAGUGCGUCACGAGAACCAUGUCGAUUUCUUGGGGGAAGGCGGGCAACUAG